UCACAGAGCUGGGCGUCAACAUAUAGCUCAUGUACAUGUGUGUCUUAUGAGUUUUGUAGUUUAUUGAAUAAUCAACAGACUUGAUAUAGGUGACACUUAGUCAUGAGAAGAAUAAAUGGCGGAUAUCAUAACUCCGGGGAAUGAUGGGGAUCUUCAGGCUCAAAUUGAAGAGGUUGAGGCUUUGUCUUCUAUCUAUGGUGAUGAAUGGUGUGUGAUUGAUGAAGCAUCCAGGAUAUUUUGCAUUAAAAUAUCCGCCGACUUGGAGGAGCCAAAACUGACAGCGUGUUUGCAGAUAAUUCUCCCACCUGAUUAUCCAAGCGCAGCUCCGCCCAUAUACCAGAUCAAUGCAGUGUGGUUGCGAGGCCCUGAGAGGGCCAAAUUGGCAAACAGCCUGGAAGACAUCUAUGUGGAGCACGCGGGGGAGAGCAUCCUCUACCUGUGGGUAGAAAAAGUUAGAGAUUUCCUCGUUGAGAAGUCCCAGAACUCAGAAACAGUGGAAGAACCAGAAAAAGUGAACAUGACGGCUGAGAAGGAUGUCGAUGAUGAUGAAGACAUUCCAGAUCUCAGCAGUCUCAGACUGAAUACAGAAAAUGUGCACCUCUUCCUGGAACAGGCAAAUGAUGAGGAGUUGCCUCCAAUUAAACAUGGAAACCCGAUCACAGACCGACGCAGUACCUUCCAGCCCCAUUUGGCGCCUGUGGUGACUCCUAGACAGGUUAAAAUGGUCCUGGAGAAGCUGUACGAAAACAAGAAGAUUGCCAGUGCCACUCAUAAUAUUUAUGCAUACAGGAUUUACUGCGAGGACAAGCACAGCUUCCUGCAGGACUGUGAAGAUGACGGCGAGACAGCCGCGGGGGGGAGAUUGCUCCAUUUACUGCAGAUCCUGGACGUGCGUAAUGUCAUGGUGGUCGUGUCUAGGUGGUUCGGGGGCAUUUUGUUAGGUCCCGAUCGCUUCAAACACAUCAACAACUGUGCUCGUAACAUCCUGGUGGAGGAGGGAUACACUGCCUCUACGGAUGAUGCCAACAAAUCAGGACUAAAGACCAAAAGGCCAAAAGGCAAGAAGACAAAGUGAAUUUCAGAAGAAAAAUGAGGACCUUUUUUCAAACACACGUUCAGUAUUUGAUGUCGAAUUCAACGAAAAGCUCGUUUUUAGAAAAUUGAGAUGUGUCUUAGAAGACAAAUGGUUUCUAGCAAUUUAGUUUUCAUUCAAGGUAAUAAAAUAUCAUCUGGGAUUUUAAAAUGACGUCUCAGAUGACUGCUUUAACUCUGGAAUGUGUAUUUUUAUAUUUAGUUUAAGAAGCCUUGAAAUGAAAUGUGUUCAGUUCACCACAUUUUCAUUAAAACAAAUUGUGGGGAUUUGUGCAAUGAUCAUGACUUUGAAUGUACCCCACAUCUGAAGAUUGUUGAUCCACGUCUGAAGAAUACACCAGUAUUAUUAAAUCCUUGAAUUACAGAUUUUUUUUUCUGCAUGCACUCCCAGUAUUUUUAAAAUUGUAAUGCUCCAUCAUGAUGGAGAUACAGUAACGAGGUUGUCCCUGCAAGCCUUAAUUCAUUUCCCAGUUGAAUCUGCAUCUCAAUAGCGAUCUUUCACAAAUCAUUUCAUCGUUUCCAAGAAAUGCGAUCAUACAUCACUGCUUAAUAAAAUGGAGUUUACU